UUAAUAUAUAAAUAUUUAUAGAACAACACAUAGAAAUUGUACAAAUAUGCUUCGUAUGCAUUUAUGAUUUCAGAUUUUAUUCAUUUCAUUUGAAUUUUGGAUUAUAAUGGCAGAAUUAGUAACAUAUCGUAGUGUAUAUCGUAGACCAUUCCCAAAUUUUGGAAAGCCCAAGAUUAUAGGUUAUAUUGGUUUGGAAAAUCUUAAGUAUGUACAAAGUAUUGAAGAAAAGAAUGUUAAUUAUGAUUUAAACUUGGGAAUAAGACAAGCUAAACGUAAGCCACCUGAUUUAGACGUUAAACUAACAGAAUUAUUAAAAUUUUUGUUAGAAAAUGAGAGACUGCUCAAUUUGCCUGUACACAACCAUUUGGAGAGUGCUCAAUUCUUUUGCUACCGCGGCUUACUGACUUGUAUCGCAUGUACUCCAUAUGAACAACGAGAACCUUGGACAAUAGCUGUAAUAUUGUACAAAGGUAAUAUUUAUUUAUGUGCAAGGUAUAAAGAAAAUUUAAAGAAAAAAAUUGCAAUGGCUAAUGGUUGCUUCACAUCCUGGGGUUUUAAAUUUGAACAGUAUAUUCAAUCUGAUAAACCUGACAAACCACCCGAUCCAAGCGUGCCCGUUGAUGAAACAGAAGAGUUCUCACUGGUUUUUACAACAAAUCUAAAUAGGCAUAAAAUUGUCUAUGGUGCCGAAAUGGAUGGCAUAAGAUGUGAUCAAUCACAUGUGAGCUUACCUCCAAGCAGCAAAGAUCCACAAGAGGUUCUUAAGUAUUUGUCUACAAAGAACUUUGUAGAGCUGAAAACAAGUAGACAUAUCGAGUUUUCAAAACAAGAAUUAAAUUUCAAGAAGUUGAAAACAAUUAGAUGGUGGUGCCAAUCGUUUCUAACAGGUGUUGAAACAAUUUUGUGCGGUUUUAGAGAUGAUUCUGGUAUUGUUGAACAAUUAAAAACAUAUAGAGUUAAUGAUUUGCCGAACAUUUCAAAGAAUUUUUGGGAUCCAAAUGUUUGCUUUAAUUUCUUGGAUGACUUUUUUACUUUUGUGAAGCGAUGUCUUGCAAGAGAAAUUGAGAGGAAGCAUGGUUCAGAGGGUUUACACAACAUACAGUCUUUACCGUUGAUCAGUUUACUAUUUGAAUGGCGUCCAGAACACAAUGUUCAUGUCUCAAAUUACUCACAUGAAGAUGAUCCUAUAUUGCUGGAUUGGUUCCUAGAGAGAUAUGGGAAAACGUCUACUUGAUCAUAAUACAUUAAACGUUUUAUAUUUAAGCAAAUAUUUUUUUAUUAAUAAAGUUUCAUUGUUAAUAAACGA